AUGACUGAGACUUGCCUCUACACUAUUAUAAAGGUUACACAAGAUGAAGACCUUGCAGAACAGAUUGGAAAGGAUAUAUAUUUUGACCUUGUAGACCAUGAUAAAGUGAGGAGUUUCCGUGUUCAAAAGGAUAUGUCAUUUAACGUUUUCAAGGAAGAUGUUGCUAAAGAGUUUGGCAUACCAGUUCGAUUCCAGCGCUUUUGGCUAUGGGCAAAGCGUCAAAACCAUACAUUUCUUCCUUCGAGACCAUUGACACACGUUGGGGAUGCACAAUCUGUUAGAAAAUUGACGAGGGUCCAAAAUGUUGAAAAAGCAGAAUUAAAAUUGUUUUUGGAAGUUCAUUGCUCCAUAGCACAGCUCAAUAUGAUAAAGGAUGAUAUAUUACUUUUUUUAAAAUAUGUUGGAAGGCUCUUAGUGAACCUUACUGGCAAGCCAUCAGAAAUCUUAACAAGGUUAAAUAUAUUGGCUGGCUAUGAUCCUGACGAAGUGAUUAUACUUUAUGAGGUUUUUUAUUCUCCCUUAGCCGCAGAAUCCGAAGAUAAAGAGUCAUUUGAUGAGCAAAACAAAAACAUUAUAGCUGAAGACACAAAUGUUGACAAAAUUAUUGAAGCUCAACAGUCAAAAGAGGUCAUAGAGACCACUCAUGAUGAAGGUACCAGCAAAUCCAACACUUCAAAAUUAGUCAGCUUGGACAUGGAAGAAAUUGAUGCUAUGAUAGAUGAAGAUGUCAUUGCUGCAAUCGAUAAAGUUUUAUAUCGAUUAUGGUAG